AUGGAGAGAGAUGAGAUGAUGGGAAUGAUUGUCUUCCAAAGAGUGAAGCCGGUCACGGAAAACCUUCCUCAACCGCAGAUUGCCACCAAGAGAUUGAGAAUUGCUCUUGCUUUUCACUGCUUCAUUCAAUGUGACGCGAAGACGCUUGGAUGCUCAAACAAAUCUACACAACAACAAAAACAAUACAAAACACUUACUACAGACAGCAUUCAUAAAUCUACUCACUUCUCGGGAAGCUUUAUCUCGGAUCCAGAAGGCUUCUUCAACUUAGCAACGGACUCGACUUUGGAUUCAACCACGGGUUCCAUCGGUUCUGGCGGGUCGGAUCUGCGUCCCCGUAGUUUCAUCGCCGCCUCCCUGAUUUCCUUGAUCGACAUCGCCGCACGGCGGUUGCACAGCCGCCUUGGGGGGUCCGCCGGCUUGCUGGGCGUCUUCACUCCCCAUGGAUUCGGGUCGGAUUCAGGAACUUUCCGCGCCUUCUUAUCCAACGGGGCGGGUGAAUGUGGCUGCUUCUUCGACCUGAGUGAGGCGGGCGGCGGCGAUUUAGCGGCGUCCAUAUCUGCACGGUACGGCACUGUCAGACGCGCGCCUGAAUGUAGGACCUUAGUUUCACCAUGUUCAAGAGCAUUUGAGCACCAUUGCAGGGAUGUUGCCAAGUAG